AUGGCAAACAUUCUCUACAGGCAUCGGAAAGACAUGCUUCCUCCAGAUGACCCAAAGGACAAAUUGGCCGAAGUCUUGGAAGACGUGAUGACAAGGAGGCAACUGGAAAAGCCCCGGAAGGAGGAUGGAGUGCUGAUCACCGAGGAGACUGCUGAAUAUCACCAGCAUGGGCAUUUAUGGCUGGCGCAGCAACAUGGCGAGUGGCACAACUUCCGCUUGAAAGCGAGGUUUCUCGAGACCAUGCAAGGCCCUGAGAAUGAACCCAUGUUUUGCAGCAUUUCACAGGCGCGGUCCGUGCUUUUGGCUUGGCGAUGGUCCAGGAUGGUCCAGGAUGGUCCAAGGUUUCAGGCAGAUUCGGUGAGGCGGCAAAAGGCCGAGCAGUUUGGUUAG